UUGUAAUUACCCCUCCUCCCCUCUCUCCAUUUUUAGGUGCAUAGAUACUUAUAAAUUAUACUUCUCUGAAAAGGAAAUUCCAGACUCCAUAGAUAAGAGAGAGAGAAUGAUAUGCGCAUACGAACCUUGGGUACAAGCUAGUAUUAGUUAUCCUCCACAGCUCAAACUACUAAACCAAAAACCCAAUCUUUCAAUCACUAAAACAAAGACCCAAGUUCAAAGAAAGUCUCUUGACAACAGAUUUGACGAUGUUGAAGAUGAUGAUAAGAUUGAUAAUGGUGGUGGUUCCGGGUUAGUGAAAUUUACAUUGCCACCCCUUGUUAAAUCAAUUACAAGCACGUUAAACCCAUUUAUCAAACACUGUCUUAAGCUCAAGAGCAGCUCUUCUUAUCGCCACUCUCACGCUUCUGCUCUUGUUGUUGGCACUACUCCUAUCAGGGAAGUAUACAGGUAUCAGGAGUCGUCACAAGAGCAAAUUGCUGGAAUGGAUUUUUUGCUACUACUUGACAAAGCUGAAAUUCCUGAAGGGCUGGAUAAACACUCUGUUCAUGUUGUGCAUGUAAGCUCCAUGGUGAUGAAAAAACUUUCCGGGGUGCAAUCAGCUGAAUCUAUUGAAGCAAUUGCCUUAAUGAGGUUCCCUACCAGUUUCUUAAAUUUGGAUGUUGAUCUAAAUAAUUCAGAUUGUCAAAGUUGGUUCCCAUCCACACAUCGAAUUUUAGUCCUUGAUGGCAUUCAGGACCCCGGUAACCUUGGCACAUUACUCAGAUCAGCUAUGGCCUUUCGAUGGGGAGGCAUAUUUCUUCUUCCUGGUUGUUGUGAUCCAUUCAAUGAAAAGGCGCUUAGAGCAAGCCGGGGAGCCUCCUUUCAGCUGCCCAUAGUUUCGGGCAGUUGGUACCAUCUUGAAACCCUGAAAGAUACAUUCAAUAUGAAGAUGCUAGCUGGCCACCCAGAUAGUGAUGGGAAAACACAAAAGGUGUCUUCACUAUCUCAAGAGUUUGUACAUUCUUUAGCACAUGUUGCAUUAUGCUUGGUUUUGGGAAGUGAAGGGCGUGGCCUUUCAGAGAAAGCUCAGCAGGAAUGUGACCUUGUGAGCAUUCCUAUGGCAGGAGAAUUUGAAUCUCUCAACGUUUCUGUUGCUGGCGGGAUUUUUUUGUAUAUGUUGCAGCCUAAAAAUUAGAGAUUAAAAUCUAUUUCUCAUGAAUUUCAUUAAUUCUGAAUGUCUGAUCCUCCCUCCGA